AUGGGAUCUCGCGCAUACACUUAUCUCGUUGGUAUCGGCGUCACACAUUCGAUAGCCCCGCCUAUGCACAAUUAUAUCGCCAAGUCAUUGGGCUAUGAUUGGGAAUUCCGUGCUCAAGAAUGCCCGUCAGUUGAGCAUGCCAUCAACCUUUUCCGCCAGCCAACCUUUGCCGGAGGAGUGGUGACGAUGCCCUAUAAGCGAACGAUCAUGGAACAUCUGGACGGACUGGACGAAUACGCAACAAAGCUGGCCGCUUGCAACAACGUGUACCGGUCCUCAGAUGGACAGCUGAGAGGCACCAAUACUGACUGGAGAGGCAUCGAGGGGUGCCUUCUGAGCGCUAGCACCGAAGGCAAGGGGAAGCCCGCCGUCGUGAUCGGUGCGGGUGGCGCAUGCCGUGCAGCGAUCUUCACCUUGCAUGAGAGGCUGGGCUGCAGUCCUAUCUACGUCGUGAACCGUGAUGCAGAUGAAACCGCUUCACUCUUCAAAGAAACCAAGCAGAAUUACGAGCAAAGCCUUCAAUUGGUGCACGUACAGUCUGCGGAGCAAGUGCAGGGUUUAGCAGCGGCCUACUAUAUUGUGGGAACGGUGCCCGACGCAGAGCCGACCGCCCCAGAAGAGCUGCAAAUCCAUCAGGUCCUUAACGCAUUCCUGGAGGCUGCAGGGGGAAAAGGGGUUCUAUUGGAUAUGUGCUUCAAGCCUAGAAAUACGCGGAUUCUGCGAGCCGGGAAGGCCAGAGGAUGGAAGACAGUGGAGGGAACCGAGGUCAUUGGGCAUCAGAUCCACGAGCAAUACCGCUUGUGGUGCGGAGAGGAGCAGAGUAAGAGGAUCCGUACAGAGGAGGCUUGGGCGGUUCUUCGCAAAGCAGCGGAGGAAAGCCCAGCCAUCAACUUCUAA